ACGCAAUGUCGUUUCAAAGGUUGUGUACAGUUGGCUUGACGUCUGAGGAACAUGAUGUGACUAAAUGUAGACUUGUUUACCUGUUUUACAAGCUUGAGCCAGAGAGAAGAAAAUAAAAAGUCUGUCACCAUGAGUCCCUGACGUCUGCCUGUUCAGUCAUCACUAUGAGUGGUGCUGCGCUGGCUGUCGUGGUUGUAGUCGUCUUCCUUUUGGCCCUCUACCUCCUCCAGCGCUAUGGAGAUUUGCGGGGGCAGCAGCGGAUGGUCCUCUUAGGGACGUUGCUGUCCUGGUAUCUCUGCUUCCUCAUUGUCUUCAUCCUGCCACUCGAUGUCAGCACGACUAUCUACAAGCAAUGUGUUCUUGACAAUGAACACCACCCGACUUCUUUAACUCCAGCAAGACACACUAAUAAGACAGGAGCCAGCUCAUCUCUUUAUCCAACUGUAAGUGUACCAAAGGUGUGUGAGGAGCCCUGGAGUUAUAUACCAGAAGGUGUCCUACCAGUGCUCUGGAGAGUUGUAUAUUGGACUUCUCAGUUUCUUACUUGGAUGCUGUUGCCCUUCAUGCAGUCUUAUGCACGAUCAGGAGCUUUCUCCAGAGUUGGGAAGAUUAAAACAGCUCUCAUUGAAAAUGCAAUCUACUAUGGUACCUACCUCCUUAUAUUUAUCUCUCUACUCAUCUACGUGGCUGCUCACCCCAAAUGGCAACUCACAUGGACAGAGCUCCAGACAAUCGGCAUUACAGCUGCCAACACCUGGGGCCUCUUCCUUCUAGUGCUGUUGCUAGGCUACGGCUUGGUGGAAAUCCCACGUUCCUAUUGGCUCUCAUCUUGCCAUGGUUACCUGCUGACCAAGACCUACUUCAAGGCAGCAAAAAUGGCCACUGAGAAGGCAGAGGCUGAGGAGAACUUAGCAGAUGUUAUGGAGGAAGUGGCAGCUGUCCAUGCAUCUGUCAGAUACAACCACACACUCAGGAAAUGUGUGGACACUAUUUUGACAAAGUGUCCCACUGAGUACCAAAAUCAGAUGGGGAGUGAUGUGGAAAGCUCUUGCGGUGAACAGAAUAUCAUUCUCACCAAAAGAAGUCUAGUUAACCUUCAUAAAAAAGUGAUUUCUGCAGUGCAGAGGCAUGGUCAGACCCAGGUUCAGUGGUGGAUUUUAUUAGACCAGGCUUUUCAUCUUGAAGACGUAGCUAAGUGCCAGAGCAGCCCAACACGACACUUCAUCCACAGCUCCUCUUCACAACACCAUGGCUGGAUCCAUAGCUGCAUCUACACUCCUACAGUAGAAUGGUACUGGGAGUGUAUGUUCAGGCGGGGCUUCUACAAGCUGCUGGCAGUCCUCCUGGGUCUCCUCUCUGCAGUAGUGGUCUGGUCCGAGUGCACUUUCUUCAGCACGCACCCAGUCUUGUCCCUUUUUGCUGUCUUUAUUCAGAUGGCUGAAAAACAAUACAACUACAUUUGUAUAGAGAUGGCGUGCUUUGUCAGUAUCCUCUUCCUAUGUGUAUGUGUCUACUCCACAGUGUUCAGGAUACGAGUUUUCAACUACUACUACCUGGUGCCACAUCACCAAACUGAUGCUUACAGCCUGCAGUUCAGCGGCAUGCUGUUUUGUCGUCUGACUCCUCCCCUGUGCCUUAACUUUCUGGGCCUGAUUCACAUGGACUCCGCCAUUUCACACCAGGAUAGAAUACAGACAUCCUACACAUCUAUCAUGGGCUCUAUGCAUCUGCUGUCUUUUAUAUCUGAUGGGUUCUACAUUUAUUAUCCCAUGCUAAUAUUGCUGCUCUGCUUUGCCACUUUUUACAAUCUAGGCUCUCGCUGUUUGAACCUUGUGGGCUUCCAUCAGUACAUUACUGACGAUGACUUGACAUCUGACCUUGUGGAUGAAGGAAAGGAACUCAUUAGAAGAGAAAGAAGGAAACGACAGAAAACUGAGGAUGCAGCAACUCAAAGAUGGGCUUGGAGGGAGAGAUAUGGAGCCCAGGGAACUGGUGGGCGGACCAGAGGCGGUUACACCGAGUUAAAGGGCAACCAGAACAGCCCUGUCACAGAGAUCAGAAGAAAUGGUUUCACGGUCACUAGAAGAGAUAGAGACACAGAGGAUCAGCAGACAGCUUUACUGCAAGAUGAUUCCAGUGAUGAAGGUUCACCAAAUAAAAGAUGCACAGGAGGACGUUACCUGUCUCUGUCACCCUCUCAAACUGGAAUCUUUGAUGAUGUUUAACAUACAGAAGAAGAGGACGCAAAGCAAGGACUAUAUCCUCUUGAGCAAAGUCUGAAAGAAUCCCAAAAAUAUCUCAGGAAAUAAAGAGGAUGAUGAGAUAUUUCAAACAUGGACAUAUAUCAGCGAAUGGUUGAGAGUGAAAAUGGUAACUCUUUAUAUCCCAGCUGAUUUCUGUACGGGGUUUAUAUAGGGAUCAGUAACUGUAAAGGGAGGUUUGUUGUCCAAAGCCUCGACCUAUUUGUACACAGCCACCUCUUUUGAAAUGUGUUAUUAUACUAUUUUUUGAGCAGUUGUUUGGUUUAUUAGCAACAUAUUUAUGCGCCCACAGUAGCACACGUGACAUAUGUGAAAUUCUGGUGUUCUCUUGUUGUCUGACAUACAUUUCAUCUUUAAAUUAAAUAGAUCACUGUGCCUGAAAGAAAAACAAAAUUAAAACAGUUUAUGUACUCAAAGGGAAUAUACAUCAACAAGCUGUUGUCUGACUUGUUUCUUGUGGGACAUUUUGUGUUUUGGACUUUGAAUUAUAUUGACUCAACAAUGUGAUUUUCUUUUUUGUAAUGUAGCUUAUAGUACAGCAGAUAUUUUUUUCAAGAGUGUACAGUUGUGUGUCAACCAUGAUAAUUCAUUAAAAUGUCAUAAUUUUACCCAUUCAAUUUAUCUUCUGUUGGACUAUAA